UGGUUUCUCAGUCGACGAAGUCAAUCCGGGAAAGAAGAGACACGGCAGAUGAUCAGAUGGACAGAUAACGCCAUGGAAAUGCAAGGACAGGCAGAGAGCUGCAAGCCUAUCUCUGAUAACUGACCCCAGAAGUGUUUGCUAUCGCCCUAAUAGUCGGACACAAUCGCUUUGCUAAUCUGAUAGUGUCGUUACUCUAAACCGCCCUCUUUUUACUGUUUACUGGCGUCUGCUGUACACUCCUCCGGCUGUUCAGUAUGUGUCUCCGAUAUGCUCCUAUCUUGGCAUUUUUCAUCGUUAACUUAGAUUCACCUUUGACCCAGUGUGCAGUUUUCAGGAUUAGCAAAGGCGGAUGGAAGUCCUACGGGCCAAUGAGCAUAAAUAUUGGAAAUGCGACGAUUCUUGACAGGAAGACAAAGCAAAAUCCGAGAGAAAUUAAACCCGAAAAUGAGCCUCUGGUGAUUUCAAUAUCGACCAUUGCGGGCGUUAUACUCUUGUGCCUCAUCGUCUUCUUAGUGUGGUACCUGUGGAAGUGGAGGAAAGUGAAGCAGGCAGAAAAGCAGGCGCUCGCCCGCAGCGCCACGGUCACUUAUCACCGCUACAAUUCCUCCAUCGAGCACUUUCCUGAAAGCUCGGACGUGAGGAGGCCAGACCAGGAACCCACCUCGGCGUACGCUCCCUCAGGAUACAAGUACACCCCCCCUCAGCGCUUCGAGAAAUACACACCGAGGGAGAGGAGGGUGUCGAACAGACGUCGCUCUCCACCUCGACCCCCCCGCCAGCGCAGGAAUAGCGACCCUCACAUGACCUGGUCCAGGGCAAGGGACCUAGGUCUUCCGGAAAGCCGGUGGCAGAUCAACAGGGGUCAAUAUGCAAGGAGGGAGAUAAGGGGGCGACGACCUCACCGACGCAGUAUCAUGAGCGACGUGGGGCCAGCGUACAACUGGGUUCGCAGACGGAACGAGACGCAGGACACUCCGCUCUGGUACGAAAGACUCUCCCGACCACCGGAUUACUACGCCAGAGAAGUCCUGGCGCGGAGCAGGAGGCCAGGGGCUUCUUGGCGCAGCGAUUGCGAUUUCCCGCAGCGGUCCAGUCGUAGAAGUUUACCUUCCUACGGCAGGUACUAUGAGUAUUAGCAGGUUGCUGUUGGCGAACUUGCUACACGCCUCGUGUCGGCUUUGAUAAUGCGUGUUCUUUCGGGUAAUCAAUUAGGGACGGAUAGAUGGAAAGACAGAAAAAUAUAUAUAUUCUCUUUUUCUCAACCCUGCCUCUCUCUCUCUCUCUCUCUCUCUCUCUCUCUCUCUCUCUCUCUCUCUCUCUCUCUCUCUCUCU